UUAUUACAUUUUCUCGAGCGGGGAAUAUGAACCGUCUCAUUACCUAUUCAUAAGUCUGUCACAGAUCAGUUAGCUAGAUUUGGCCUCCUGUUCAUGCGGACAAUAGGGUUUCAUUCUGUAAUUUGCAUAUGACUUGAUGAUGCUUUCAUACCUACUGAGGUAAAAAGAGGGCAUUGUAUUUGACAUUGGAAAUACUUUUCAAUGUCAGUGUCAAACUAGAUAGAGCAUGGAGACUUUACAUAAAAUAGUGUAGUUGACCUAUUUGAAUAUCUUUGAAGAAUAGAUAAUGCUGUUGGAUUCCACAAGCUGCCACAGAAAUCUCCCCAAUUCUUCCAAAGGUACGAGAAAUUUUAGGUAUUUUGAUAAGUUUUUGUGGCAGACUGGUGGCCAGGGUUGGCCCUAUCUGGCAGCAGGCAUAGGAAUGCUCCGAUCUUGGUGCUCUUUUAGGUGGAUCCAGUGUGUAGCACAACAGCAACAGAGAUCCAGUGUGUUACACAACAGAGAUCCAGUGUGUUGCCCUAUAGAUAUCCGAUGUGUUGUCAAAUAGAUAUCCAGUGAUGCAGAACAUAACAGAGAUCCGGUGAGCUGCAUAAUAAAGAUCCAAUGAGUUGCAAGCAAACCGUGUACAUGUAGGUCUUCAAUAAAGUGACUACUGUCAAAUUUCACCCUGUAUUUCUUGGCGACUAUAAGCCAUUAAGUUUCAUUUUCAGAACCCGAGGUACAACAAUGGCCGGAUUACUACUUGUGGUCCUUUUUGCUAUCGUCGAUUUGGGAGUCAAAUCAUCUAAAAUCCUGAUGCUCCCGUAUGGUACCUACAGUCAUACCAACCUCAACGCCAAACUCGGGCAAGCACUCGUUAAGGAUGGGCACGAGGUUUGGAUGCUUGGGUUCGACAUGCAUGAAGACGAAAUGAAAAAGCGGGGAUUAAUUCCGUUGACGUUUCCGCUGAAACCAGAAGACGAUUUAUGGACAAAAUUUGACAAAUGGACUGAGGAAAGCCCAACCGGUGAAGGAGUGAUGGAAACAUGGUUAUCGGACAAGUGGUGGCUUAUGUCACAUUCACGCAUCUGUGAUCAAAUCAUGCAAAACGAUACGAUAACAGCCACAAUAUCUGAGCAGAAGUUCGACUUGGUUAUACAUGAUGGUAUUGAUGAGGUGUUAUGUCUUUUGAUGAUCCCGUACAGGUUUGACAUCCCGUUUGUGACGAUGCACGGUUUUCAGGUGGCGUCGUGGAGUUUCGGUGUAACCGGAAUGCCGUCGAUUGAACCAGAGGACCUGAGGUACAACAAUGGCCGGAAUACUACUUGUGGUCCUUUUUGCUAUCGUCGAUUUUGGAGUCGAAUCAUCUAAAAUCCUGAUGCUCCCGUAUGGUACCUACAGUCAUACCAACCUCAACGCCAAACUCGGGCAAGCACUCGUUAAGGAUGGGCAUGAGGUUUGGAUGCUUGGGUUCGACAUGCAUGAAGACGAAAUGAAAAAGCGGGGAUUAAUUCCGUUAACGUUUCCGCUGAAACCAGAAGACGAUUUAUGGACAAAAUUUGACAAAUGGACCGAGGAGAAUCCGACCGGUGAAGAGUUGACAAAAACAUGGUUAUCGGACAAGUGGUGGGUUAUGUCACAUUCACGCAUCUGUGAUCAAAUCAUGCAAAACGAUACGAUAACAGCCACAAUAUCUGAGCAGAAGUUUGACCUGGUUAUACACGAUGGUUCUCGCGAGGUGUUAUGUCAUUUGAUGAUCCCGUACAGGUUUGACAUCCCGUUUGUGACAAUGCACGGUUUACAGAAGGCUUCGUGGGUUUCAGGCGUAACCGGAAUGCCGUCGAUUGAACCAGAGGCAGGCCUCGGAUUUUCAAACCGCAUGGACUUCUGGCAAAGAUUAGAAAACUUGAAAUUAUGGCUGAAACGCGUGGAUAAUUUCUAUUAUGACUUGUACAGUGACCACCACAUGAACAGUUACUGUCCAGCAAACAAACCGAAAAUCCCACUUAAAAAAGUCGCAGAGUCAGCAGAAAUGUUUUUGAUGAAUUUUGAGGUGAUGUGCAUGGAUUAUCCACGCGUUUCGGCACCAAAUAUGCAAUAUUUGGGCACUGGUUCCGCAACGCCAGCAAAACCUUUACCGACUGAUUUGGAGGAAUAUCUCGCAGGCGCAGAACAUGGCGUGGUCCUGAUGAGCUUAGGUUCGUUAAAAGGGUCGCACAAUGUCUGGAGGAUUAUCGGCGAGAAAAUCUUUGAGGCAUUCGGACGUCUUAAGCAGCGUGUCAUUGUCCAAUACAGGCUAGAUGAGGUCUACGGCAAAGUUCCCGGAAAUGUCAAGCUAAUGAAAUGGCUACCACAAAACGAUAUCCUCGGUCACAAAAACAUGAAGUUAUUUGUAAUGCACGGUGGAAACAAUGGACAGAAUGAAGCCGUUUAUCACGGCGUACCUAUGUUGGUCAUUCCGACUUUCUUCGACCAAAUUUACAACGGAAAACGCGUAGAAGUGCACAACUAUGGUAAAUUUGUGAAGGACAAAGAAGCAGUCAGUUCAUCUGAACUUUACGAAAUUAUGUCUGAAAUCAUUAACAAUCAAACGUAUUCUAAGAACAUCAAAAAAUGUUCUGCAAUUAUUAGAAGUUUGCCAUCGGCUCAGGAGAAGUUUGUGUUUUGGGUGAAUCAUGUUUUGAAGUUUGGCGGUGCCCAUUUGCGCCCACCGAGUUUGGAUAUGCCGCUGUACGAGGUGUUGAUGCUUGAUAUUGUGGCAUAUUAUGUAAUCUAUUAUCUGGUAAUUGUUCAUGUUGCUGUGUGGGUUUUGUAUUUUGCUGUGAAGUAUUUCCUGCGAUAUUUGAAAAACCUAAAAGCAAAGAAAGAGUGAAGACCUUUGUAAAUUGAGGUCACGUUGAAUGCUUUUAGAAACCUUGUAAAACUGUCCUGUUUUUUUAACCACAUUAUUUCAGUGUAAACAGAUUUUUGUGGCUUUUAAUCUUUGUAAUUCGCAAAAAUAAAUUUUAAAAAAUAA